AUGUUUACGUCUGCCACGGUCUGGAAAAAACGUUUGUCGCCUGAUGCUGAGGCACAGCGUUAUUGUGAGGCAGGUCUUGACAAGGACGGCUUUGAAGUCAAAUAUAUAUCAGACUAUAAAGGGUUUGGCGUAUUUAGUGUGGCUGAGCAUGCGAAAGGGGAUUUUCUAUUACAAUAUGCUGGGGAGAAAAUAACGAAGAACGAAGCAACUGAAAGGAUGAAAAAGUCAACAGAAAACAAAUUCUUCUUCUAUUGCUACAAAGGACAGGACUUAUGCAUUGAUGCAGAGGGUGUCAGUAACAGCAUUUGUCAUUUUGUGAAUGAUGCAGACAAAACAGCCAAUUCAGUAAUGAAGCUUAAAGUUUUUCAUGAAAAGGAGUACCUCUGUCUGUAUGCUAUGAAGGAUAUACAGCCAGGGGAAGAAAUUCAAUAUAAUUAUGGGGACAAAGAGAACCUUUGGUGGAGGAGCAAGAAUUUGAGGAUGAUGACUGUGAUGAUAUUGAUGAUGAUCCAUUUGAUAUCAGGAAGAUUUCGGAUGUCAGCUCAGAGGAAGAUUACAUUUCAGAUAGCUGUUCUGAUUCUCUACAAUCAGAGAUCAUACAACAAUUAUGCUUUAAGACAAAGAACUUCAAGCCAGCGGAUUUGGGGCAACGAGAAGAGAAUACUGGAGAAGUGUUCAAUGAAGAUGAUGGGCAAAUGGAUUUAGAGCAACGAGAAGAGAAUACUGGAGAAGUGUUCAAUGAAGAUGAUGGGGUAAGUUAAGAAAGAAUGUCUCUCGUAUUCUGUCUCAGAUAUUUUAAUAUGAACUAUAUAUAUGUAAACAGUAUUUGGAGGACACAAGUUAAGGUGUCUGCUUAAGAGGGGUAAAAGGAAUUAUUAAUUAUACACCUAUAAUCUAUAAUAAAAAUAUGUAAUUAAUCCUGUAUCUCAUACAUAGU